AUAACUUGUCCUGGAGUGCAGCUGAAAGACAAACAGGAACUUUAUCUGAGUGUCUUUGUACUUGGGCAGUACCACAAAACUCAAUGUGUCCCUGCAGUGUUCCCGCUCUUCUUUCAAGAAAGACUACUAUUUGAAAAGGAAUUUGCUAAUAUAGUUGAUCCUGGAGACCUUGUGAAGUUACUGGAGUUUGACACAACAGUACUUGAACUAAUACAGCUCGUUCCUCCAGUGGGAAAAGUUCUAGCUACAUAUGAAGAAAAUACAAGAGAUUUCCUGUUCCCUGACCCUAAGCUUACCCAUGGACUCCGUGGUUUGCAGCGUGAGGUUUUAAUGAAGAGGUCCCCGUCUUUCACAGGAAUUGCACCAAAAUUGAGAUUUUCUACAACCUGCCUUAUUUCAGACAGUCUGUUAAUCUUAGGAAGGAGUCACAUACAGACUGAUAGGCACUGGGUGCAUCAUCCAGCCCCAAGUGGAAGAAUGCCCUCCAAGCUGGCCAGGAAGAGCCCUCCUUCAGCGGAGCAGAGCUCGGCCCUGCGGAGCUACGAGCAGCCCACCAUUGCCUCCAAGUCGCGCUCGCCGUCCCCGUACACCAAGCGCCGCAUGUGCGAGCUGUCGGAGGAGGCCAGGCAGAGACUGUCCCACCUGAACCUGGGCCCUCACGAGUUCAGGAGAGACACUGACAAACCUCCCUUUGUCAUCAGACGGGUUGGACAACCAAGUCCUGGUGCUAAACUUCAUUCCUUGUGUUCCCUGCGAGAAAGCACAGCAGAAGCCUGGCCCAAGGCACCCCAUGAUCCUUCUCCUCGCAACAGCUACAGAUCCAAGAAAACUGAAGCAAAAUCCACCAGUGGAAAAGGCUUGGAUAGAUCUGCUGUCUGCAAGGAGGAUGUGAGCCCAGAUCCACCCAACAGAGAGUCCCAUUCUGCUGCUUCUUUGGAGUGUUCAGCACUUCCAGCAGCUCAGGAGUCUCUGAGUUCUGUGCUGAGUCGAUCUUCUCUGAGAGAAAGAUUUGGCACUGGUUGGCCUUCACCAGCAAAUAUUGAUGAGAUCCAUAAAAGAGUGAAAAAUAUUUUAAGGACACACAGAGCUAGACAGCGCCUCAUAUUUGAUGAUUUGCCUCAGACAAGAGAACCUACAGAUAAUAAGCCCUUAACUGUGAGUGAGCUGCGGAGCAGUUCUCCAGUGCAGCAGAACACUCCUGUUCUCUUGGAUAGUGGUGAACGUUGGCCUGGUCCUGCAGCUGUGUACAAAGAGAAGCCUCACAGAGCAAUCUUGGAGGAGAGUCUUGCAAAAAUAUAUAGAGAGAUGUAUGAAAAAACUGCUGGUGCUGUUUCAGAUCACAAAACACAUUCCUGAAAGUAACUCACCUGAAAAUGCAUAGUAUAUAGUAUUUGAAACUAAACCUAUUUUUAUACAACAAUAUUUGUACUCUAUUUUUUUAAGCUGUCUUAUGGGUAGGCAGGGUUUUGGAGAAAUGGGGAUUUGGCCUGGGCUGAAAAAAGGAAAUAAUUACUUUUCAUUCCCAGAAAAAGAAACAAUAAUCCCUAA